CGAAAUUGCGUUUUGGUUGUAGACGAUUUUUCCGAUUUUUGAUUGAUGUCGUGGCAAAACUAAUAAAUUUCCUCGGACAAACACAAAUAUGUUGUGAUGGAUGUCCACCAAAAGUAACAUUAUUGUAGUAAGAUACUUUUAAGAUGAGUAAAUUGGGAGAUAUUCUGUUGUUGUUGAUGCUAGCAGUGGAUUUGGGAGGCUGCGCUGAUCGCUCACGAGUGUUGAGUGAUCCUAGAAAAUAUGGCGAACGCGGAGCAAGUUCAACAAAUCCAGUUUCGUUACCACAGAUUGCAGUCAAUGCUAAGUUUGAUCAGGUAUAUAAUGGCACUGUUUUGGCCGGAACAGAGUACAUUUAUACCUUCCCAUAUGAUGAAAUUGCGAAUAAGACCACUGCUGUUCGAAUUCGUGUGACAAGCCCUCAUGCCAGUCCAGACUUCCCAGUCCUAUUUGUCGUCCGCCAAGAACGGAGUAUAUUAUCUUGGCAGGUGCCUCUCUUCUUAGAAAAUGUUUAUGACUACUACACAGUCAGCCGGACGUUGUGUCCGGUCCAGAAACACUCCAAGCUCCAUACCGAGAAGAAAACAUUCUACGUUGAUGUGUCAUCGUCGUCUAAUAAACCCACAGACUUCUCAAUGAAUGCUUCUCUGUUGGAUCAUAACUUCCAGCUGACAACAAACAAGGAAUUAGGCUUCCUUGUUUCUCCGUCAGAACCGAAGUACUUUGAGUACGAGUUCCCUCCCGGAAUCAACUCUGUUUUAAUCAAAGUGACGUCGUCGGACAGCUUAUGUACUGUCGUCUCUGUGCAGGACAUACAUUGUCCCGUGUUCGACCUAGAUCGGAACGUUCAGUUCACCGGCACGUACCAGACGAUGACCAAAACUGCUGCUCUUACUGUGCAGAAAAAAGAUUAUAAAGAGGGGAUGUUUUACGUAGUUUUUGUAGUUAAGCCGAUAGACUUUGAGUGUAGUCUUAUAGAAGUCAUUCACCCUAUUUCAGGGGACCUUUCACCGCAUAAUAAUAGAUUCGUCAGAUCAGGUGGUUCGAGUCAGGCCCAACACCAGCGGGUGAAAAAUAUCACAGUAGUUAUCGAACCAAGCAUAAGUACUGAUCAGUAUUAUGUGGCUGUGUUUGGUGCCGUGGCUUGGUUCCUCCUGUUCUACGUAGCAUCUAUCCUAGUGUCCCUCGUCUAUCAUAUAUGCGACCGUCGGCGAAAAGGCCCAGAAGAUGUCAGGGACGAGGAAGAAAGUGCAAAAAUGCUAGGUACACCUACCCCCACUGAUAGCGAUAGUUCCCCUGACGAGUUUGAUAUUGAAAAAGAAAUUAUGCCACAAGGCACUGGUUCAGCUGAGGCUCCAAUUUUGAAUACCACCAAUGGGGAUUCGAGUUAUGGGACAACGAGCCCCACAGGGUUCACCGACUUCUCCGACACUGUACAAUACUCUAGGUUUGAUAAUUUCCAAGUCAAUCGACAAGAGAAAGAAAUGGGCUCAGUGCCAAAUCCAACAGGAGCUAACUUUGAGCGGGACAGUAACGGAAUUCCGCACCGCAUCCCACCGCGAGAGGACGACUCGAGCUCGGUGGACGAGGAUGAUUUCGACGUCUUACGGGACGUUGAUAGCGAUAAAGAGAUUAUUAGAACAAAGCGUACGGCAGACGACAGUGGGAUGAAGACAAUCCUGUAUGUAUCAGACCUUGCCAGGAAGGAUCGAAAACACCUCUCAAAGAAAUACAAACUCUACCAUUGGAACCUUAUCACAAUUGCAAUCUUCUACGGUCUUCCCGUGAUACAACUGGUCAUCACGUAUCAAAAGGUCCUCCAUGUCACAGGCGAUGAGGAUAUUUGUUAUUAUAACUUCCUGUGUGCCCGCCCCCUCGGGGUCCUCAGUGCCUUUAAUAAUGUCUUCAGUAAUGUUGGCUAUAUUAUGCUGGGCCUCCUCUUCCUUGGCCUCACAUGGAGACGGGACCUUCUCCACAAAAAAGCGGUCGAGAUGCAUGAUCACUACGAACAGCACUACGGGAUCCCCCAACACUUUGGCCUCUUCUACGCUAUGGGCAUCGCGCUGGUCAUGGAGGGCAUUCUUAGUGGCUGUUAUCAUGUCUGCCCGAGUUACUCCAAUUUCCAGUUUGAUACAUCCUUCAUGUACAUGAUCGCCUGGCUGUGCAUGUUGAAGAUCUAUCAGAUUCGACAUCCGGACAUCAACGCGUCGGCGCACUCGGCGUACCUGGCACUGUCGCUGGUCAUAUUCAUCGCAGUCAUCGGAGUCUUCAUUCCAGGCUCCACAGCGAGUUGGUGGGUCUUUGGUGUGUACGACACUAUGGCCUUCUGGGUGAUUUUCUUCUUCGUACACAUUUUGACGACGAUUGGAGUUAGUGCCAAGAUCUACUACAUGGGGCGCUGGAAGCUGGACAUGGGGUUGGUGAAGCGGAUCUAUCUCAUGUGUAAGACGGAUUGUCCACACUGUGCUCCACCUAUAUACAUGGACCGAAUGAUUCUCUUGAUUGUGGUCAACCUGGUCAAUUUCUCAUUCGCCAUCUAUGGAUUGUUAACACAGCCAAAGGACUUCUCAUCCUACCUGCUGGCAAUAUUCAUCAUCAACCUCCUCCUCUACUGUGCUUUCUAUAUCAUCAUGAAGCUUCGAUCACGUGAAAAGAUCCUUCUGCUUCCGUUGAUCUACAUCAUCCUGGCAAGCAUCGUGUGGGGCUUUGCACUGUAUUUCUUCCUGGCCAAGCUGACGUCAUGGGAGGUAUCCCCGGCCCAGUCCCGCCUCGGCAACCAGGAAUGCAUGUUGUUAGAUUUCUACGAUGCCCACGAUAUAUGGCAUUUCCUGUCCGCGAUGGCGCUGUUCAUUUCUUUCAUGGUCGUUCUGACCCUGGACGAUGACUUGAUAUACACCCCACGAGAAAAGAUCCCAGUCUUCUAAAGCCGUUGAGCGGUAUUUCCACGGUAUAAUAAGAUUCGAGAAGUAUUCCAUGGAAGAUCAAACGUUGAAUUAUUCAAAGACGCGGUGUAAAAUCAAGGAUGUGUUUGGGACUGAGCCCAAGAAAAUAUUCCGGUGAUACCACGAAAAGAGAUUCUGGCGUGUUCAAUUGCAGGAUGUUGACUUGAGGAAUAUUCCAAGGACCUAGUAAAAAAGUUAAAUUGGAUUAUUCUUCUAACGUUGUCUAAAAUUCAUUAUUGCUAUCCGGGUGCUAUUUAACCCACCGAGAUUUUCAAGAUGUGUCGAAGAUAUCAAUGAAUAGUUUCAUUAUGUACAGUGGAAAGUCCUUUAGUUGAGACACCUCCUUAUAAGGACCCACUCUCUAUUAAGGAUGUUAGUUUUGGUCCAUAAUUAGUUGUUGCCAUUUGAUUUGACCAUUCUAAUUAGGACACCUCUCUUAUAAGGAGAGCAUAUUAAUAUGUCAGUCCCAAGGGUGUCGUUUAUAGAGAGGUUCUACUGUAUAUACAUGUACAAGGUUAAAAUUGGAGACCAAUAUUUAGGUGACUUGGUUUGGGGACCCGGAACAAAUUGUGUGAAGAAUGGGAUUAAAGCAUUUAUCUCUGUAAAGCAUUUCUUGAAGGAAAUAGGUCUAUGGUGCUGUUUUGGCAAGCUCGAGGAGCAAUGAUUUGUCGCUAUUUAUCUGAAAGAAGGAGCCUCAUAGCCUAGUGGUUAGUGCUGCUGGCUACCACACAAUAGGGCCCGGGUUUGAUCCCGGGGACAACCCAGGAUUGUACAGGAGCCUCAUAGCCUAGUGGUUAACACCGCUGGCUAUCACGCAAUAGGGCCCAGGAUUGUAUUUCUGGAUGAACCGGCGUAGCUUUCAAGGAACUGAAAUUCCCGGCUUUUCAUUACAAGUUUGAGGUUCAGUAUGAGAUGAAUGCGUGUGACAUCGAUUCCAAAAUGAGGGCAAGUAUGGGGAAAGCCCACGUCUGCACUGAUCGCGUUUUUCGAUUUGAAUUUUGUCGUUUCUGGUGUAGUACUUGUAUGCCCCUGCACUUGUUAAACAAUACACUGUAAAUGUACUGUAGAUGUAUAUCUGUACAGCAGUUUAUCCCACCCUACUGUAAAUGUACUGUAAAUACACCUUACUGUACAUGUACAUGUAAAUGUACUGUAAAUACAUCUUGCUGUACCGUAUUUUCCGGAUUAUCCCCCGCACUGCCAUAUGACCCGCACCCCCUUUGACCAUUACCUAAAGCCACGCAAGACCCGCACCUGAUUAUGACCCGCACUGCUCCAAGACCCGCAUUCUCCAAAAAUAGUAAGCCAUUCAUUGAUGUUGAAAUCCUAGAACCGCCAUGUUUUUUUUAAUUGUUAACCAAAGUGGAUCAAUUCCAGCAUGGCCGUAACUUGUUUUCCCUAGCGGAGACAUCACAAACUAUGCGAUCAUGGCGGAAAUAUUGGUUGAAAACAAUGCGAAAACGAUGGACAUAAAUCCUUAUCAAGUAACCAGUUUGGUCCCCUUUUUUUUCUUUGGGGUUGGGGCUUAUCCCUCUCAGAAUCCACGCAAGACCCGCACCUUUAUAUUACCCGCACCCCCACUUUUUGGGCCUGUUUGAGGGCAAAAAGUAGCGGGUCAUACGCCGGAAAAUACGGUACAUGUAAAUGUACUGUAAGUACACCUUACUGUACAUGUAAAUGUAAUGUGAAUACAUCUUGAUGUACAUGUAAAUGUACUGUAAAUACAGCUUACUGUACAUGUAAAUGUACUGUGGAUACAUCUAUACUGGACAUGUAAAUGUACUGUAAAUACAUCUUACUGUACAUGUAAAUGUACUGUGAAUAGACUGUGGUAUACUAAAUUCCACUGAAAUGUACAACUGAUUGUUGAGGCAAUAUGAUGCUGUGUUCAUGAAGGGUGUUUAAGCGCGAGACGAAUCUAUUUCAGGGCAAAUGCAAGCUUCAUUAAAACUAUAUGCAGGCCCUGGCACUGUUGAUGGAGAAGUUAAACACUGUUUUAGUCUUAACACACUGUUGAUGGAGAAGUUAAACACUGUUUUAGUCUUAACACACUGUUGAUGGAGAAGUUAAACACUGUUUUAGUCUAAACACACUGUUGAUGGAGAAGUUAAACACUGUUUUAGUCUAAACACCCAUUAGGAAUUCGGCCCAUAUUGUUUCGUAAUUUGAUCUGAAUGGUUAAAUCGUUCAAGAAUCAUUUUAGAAUUGUUGAAGAGUCGUGUUGCCAAUAAUGAUAUAUUUCUUGUCACGUAUUUACAUGUAGAUAAAUGUAAAUUCAAUUCGAUUGUUAACGUUUCAGCCAUGAAAAGUUUGUCAUAAAUUAUACUGCUGUUAGGUAGAACUAGUCGAGAAAUUAGUCAAAUUCAAUUUAUUACGUGUUGAUCGUAAUAUCGUGAGAGACAUCAUAGUCUAUAGAUAGUUACUUUAUUUCUAUUGAUGAUAACUUCAAACUAUUUUAUCAUCUUCUUACUGCUGUUAGUUUUAUUUCGUCGGUCAUCCUAAACAACUUCCCAAUUUGGUCGACCGCGAAACCAGGCGCUUGUCGCUCUGAGCUUGGCUGGUCGAGACGGACUGCUUGUUCAUUUCACUGUUAUCUGCCUUAUGUGAAAUCUGUGUACAUCAAUUUCUUCCAUUAUCUCCUGGUGUCAUUUAGGCUUAUCUUCUUUGCGACAUGACCUUGUUUCCUAUGGCCAGUCAAAUAUUAAACCGCUAUUUGUGACCCGCUCUACCAAAACUAGGCGCUUGUCGC